UCUAUGGGGAAAUAUUAACACUAAUUUAUUUAUAACAAAAUUUCCCUUUCAUCAAAAUUUUUUCAGAGCAUAGAAUAAUUAACUAAAAAAACCAUAAAGAUGUCUGAAUAUCAGGUCGAAGAACAGAAUGAUACCUCUAAAUCAGAUAUACAAGCUAGAAGGGAAGCAAGGCGCCGUAAGAUUUUGGAAAAUUCUAAGCUAAGAUUGGAGAAAUUAAACGGAAGAAUAUCGCAUGAAAAUAUUAAAGAAAAUAAACCUUUAAGUAAUUCCCAUCGAACUUUUUCUGAUCCAGAAAUGGAAACUGAAGAAAUGUUUUUAGGAAAUAAACCAAAUUUUUCAAAUUCCUUUAACAAACCCGAUAUAUCUGGAGAAAGGGAUCAGGCUAUUUUGAAUAAUGAAGUAUUUUUUAGAAAUUUACAAUUCCAGCAACAAAAUCAAACAGCAAAUAUUAACGAGAAUUUUAUUAAUUUAUUUACACAAGAACAGAAUCGUAAUACCACUACUUUACAAAAAAAUGAGUCCUUUCUCACAAAAGUAUUAAAUUCGAAGUUUCAUUUGAUGAUUUUAUCAGUUUUUACGUACGGGUUUAUCGUAUUAGGAGAUAACAACUUUUCUAGCUAUAGCAUAUUUUUACCACUUCUUUUUUGGGAACUAACAGAAACCAUUAUCAUAAAACCACAAGCUAAUUCGUCAGAUGCCUUAAUCAGCCUAGUUCUUAUAAUGGUUGGUGUUCCGUCAAACAUAUUUCAACCAAUAGUAAAAAUAACACAAACUCUAAAUAAGAUUUUCAAAGAUGUUGGGGUCUUUAUGUUCUCUUUUGUUAUAUGUCAUGUAAUAUGCGUGAAUUGUGCUACGGAAAGAGAAGGCUUACAGUCACAAUUAAAUGAAUCUGAAGGAGGGCAUUUUCGUUAA